AUGGGAGCAUUUGGCCAACUUGGGGACGAUGAAUCAGUUCCUGGAGUGACGACAAUUGCGGUGCGGUUAAAGUCUUCUCAGCAAGGAAGCGAGCUAAUCAGAGAUGUUCCUGAAAGAUGCCUGUCACAUCGUCAUUGGAUUUCCUUGUUGCGCAAUAACUCCGUGCUCACAGUGACUACACUCGAGCUCAAGAAAGUGGCCGAUAAGGCACGUGAUCAGGGCCUGACGGUCACUGAUAUCCAUAUCCGCGGCAAAGUACACAAUCCAGAGAACGCGUCUUUAGUCAAGGUGCUAUUUGAUAUAUGUCAGAGGCAUGACGAAAUGAGCCUGCCCGACGCCAGGGAGCUGCGAGUCCCUGUGCGAUCGAAUUUGAACGGCAAACUGGUACAAGGCUGUUCACUGACUCACGAAGCGAUAAACGCCACUCUUGCAUCCCGCUGCGAGUGGUAUCAAUUACUGAAGGAGGUAUCACGAGAUCUAGCAGGAAUCAACAACGAAUCCCACACAUUCGUGUUGUUUGGCUUCGGAGAUGUUGUUUCUCUGUUGCCGUUUCACAAUGCUCGUUUACAAGUGACAAAAGUGGAAGCUUACACCGCCAUCCAGAAUGCCGCAUUAGAUGAAUACGAAUACGCCAUCGCCAUUACUGGAGCUGCAUGUCGACUGCCAAAGGCAAACGAUCUUGAGGAGUUAUGGAACCUUCUUUCCGCCGGGAUAUCGACUUGCGAAGAGAUUCGCCUCGACAGAGUACCCAUGCACGAAAGUUUUCGCGCAAUGCAGAAUGAAAAAUGGAAGCCAAAAUGGUUCGGCAACUUCAUUGAUGGAGCAGACGAAUUCGACUGGAACUUUUUCCGCUCGAAUGUCAAAGCAGCAGCCAACAUGGACCCACAACAACGCAUCCUAUUAGAGCUGACAUAUGAGGCUCUGGAUUUCGCGGGUUAUCUCCGCAGACAUCGUCGCGAAAACGGCGACAAGGUCGGUUGCUUCAUUGGAGCAAGUUACGUCGAGUACGCGGAUAACACCAAUGCCUACCCACCCACUGCAUACUCCGCAGUUGGUACCAUUCGGGCAUUCCUGUGUGGGAAACUAAGUCAUUGCUAUGGUUGGACUGGGCCAGCUGAAGUCAUCGACACUGCAUGCUCGUCCUCUCUCGUUGCCAUCAACAGAGCUUGCCGAUCCAUUCAAUCUGGUGAAUGCCCAAUGGCUAUUGCUGGUGGAGUGAACAUCAUAUCCAGUGUCCAUAAUUACUUAAAUCUUGGAAAGGCUGGUUUUCUCAGCCCGACUGGUCAAUGCAAACCAUUCGACGAGUCAGCUGAUGGAUAUUGCCGAGGCGAGGGAGCUGGACUUGUCGUAUUAAAGCCUUUAAAACAGGCUUUGGCAGAUGGCGACCAAGUUUUGGCUGUCAUAUCCGGAUCAUCCACUAACCAAGGCGGGCUGUCUGAGAAUCUUACACUGACGCAUCCACCAGCCCAAGUGGACUUGUACAAAUCCGUUCUCAAGGGCGCCAAAAUGAGCCCACGCCAUGUUUCAUACAUAGAGGCACAUGGCACUGGCACGUCCCAAGGUGAUCCAUUAGAGGUCAGCAGCAUCAGAGAGGUGUUUGGUGCAUCUGAUCGUCUAAACAAGGUGUAUCUUGGUUCGAUCAAAGGCAACACCGGUCAUGCAGAAUCAGCAGCAGGCGUUGCUGGGCUUGUCAAGGUCAUUGCCAUGUUGCAGAAGAAGUCAAUCCCGCCUCAUGUAUCAUUCAAUAAAUUGAACCCCAAGAUACCCUCUUUGGGCCCAGAUAAGAUCACUAUAGCAAGGAAUCUGGAGCCAUGGAACACUCCUUUCAGAGCAGCCUUGGUCAACAACUAUGGAGCUGCUGGAAGUAAUGCCGCAGUUGUUGUUUGUGAAGGACCUCGGAAGGAUGUUAGCAAAGCGCGAACCUUAUCGCAUACGGGCGUAGUGUACCCCAUCAUUCUCUCUGCCUUCACAGAAGAGAGUCUGUUGGCCUACGUAAAGUCAUUGAGGUCUCAUAUCAGUCGAACGAAUAUCGACUUAGCAAAUCUCGCUUUCACCCUCUCCGAACGGCGAAAGCGACAACCUAUGGUAUGGAUGACAACCACUUCAGACAUGGUUGACCUACUAAAUCAGCUUUCUACGGACAUCUCACUCUGCGAGAUCCCUAGCGCAUCCAAAAAAGUGGUUCUUGCAUUCGCCGGUCAGAGCAAACAGGUCAUUGGCUUGUCGGAAGCCCUCUAUGAGUCCAAUCCCAGACUACAACACUACAUCAAUAAGUGUGAUGCUAUCCUGAAAGAACUUGGAUAUCGAUCAAUCAUCCCAGCUUUGUUCCAGAACACGACUAUCGACGACCCUGUUUUGCUACAGACAGGUACCAUGGCUGUUCAGUACGCGAGUGCUAAGUGCUGGAUCGACGCAGGUGUCAAGCCCGCUUGCACAAUCGGGCACAGUUUUGGAGAGUUAACAGCAUUGGCUGUGUCGGGUGUGCUCUCCCUUGAGGAUGCUCUCAGACUUGUUGCCGUUCGAGCCCAACUUAUGGUGACCAAGUGGGGACCAGAUAAAGGUACCAUGCUUGCCAUCUUCGCACCAGUCUCUGUUGUCCAAAGCAUCAUCGAAGCCGUCGGUAAUGAAACUCUCGAGAUUGCUUGCUUCAAUGCUCCAACUAGUCAGGUCCUCGUCGGAAACGAGAUGGCAGUGGCCGAUGUGGAAAAGGUUUUGGCGACUCAUCCCUCGUUCAAGGGAGUCAGGAGCCAAAGGGUCGAUGUUACCCACGGAUUUCAUUCUGUUUUCACUGAAUCCCUCCGCACAGAACUUUCUGAGUCGUUACAAUCGUUGUCUUUCAGGGAGGCAUCCAUUCCCAUUGAACCCUGCACACAACAGCAAACUGAUUCAAUCACUGCCGAGCACGUGGUGUCGCACCUCCGGAAACCAGUCUACUUUGUCGACGCGGUUAGGCGGAUCGAAGAGCGUCUUGGAGAUUGCAUCUGGCUUGAAGCAGGGUUCGAUUCACCUAUAGUUUCAAUGAUCAAGCGUGCUACCGCCGACUCGGAUAGGCACUCAUUCCACGCCAUCAAGACAGCUGGUACUGAGAGACCUACUGAGUCACUUUCCCAAAUCACUAUCGGUCUUUGGAAGGAAGGGUAUGAUGUUACUCCUUGGCCCUUCCUGUCCCCGACUGAUGCUGGUGUGGAACCCAUCUGGCUGCCACCUUAUCAGUUCCAAAAAACCAAAGCGUGGCUGGAAAAUAUAGAUAGGGCCACUGAGGUUCAGCGAGAACUUGAGAACCUUAAAACCCAAAAAGUGGAGGUCGUCCCAGCAGAUGUUCCUGUGCAUCUACUACGCCAUGUUGAAUCUACUGGUAAUACGGAGAAAUUUGUCGUCAACAGCUCGGCAACCCGAUUCUGUAAGCUAAUUAGCGGCCAUUCAGUCAGAGGUCGACCACUCUUCCCAGCGUCAUUAUACAUGGAAUGCGCGGCUAUGGCAAUCCGGCUUCUCGGCUCGGAGCUUGGGCCCAAGUCAAUGGUGUUUGAGGACCUGUCCUUCAAAUCGCCAUUAGGUUUCAAUAUGGACCGCGAAAUAGAGCUGAUUCUAGAGGAAACAGAUAAAGAUAGCUGGAGUUUCGUCCUUUCCAGCUCUCUUGGUUCUGGAGAUAGCUCAGAUCGCGCAACCGUUCAUGGAAUAGGCAAACUACACCUGGCUAAACAACCUCGGUUUUCGACAUACAAACUUCUCCUAGCGGAGCGCAUCGAAUCAAUCCGAUCAAGUCCCACUUCCGAAAAGAUAAUGUGUGGACGAGCAUACCAGCUCUUUUCCAAGGUUGUCCAUUACGCUGAAUCGUCACAAGGAAUUGAGAGCAUUAUCAUCAACAAGAAUGAGGCGCUAGCUACGAUCCACAUACCCGACAGCCACAUGGGAAGCGAUGAGAGUGCGGUAAAGAAGCACUGCGACACUGUUUCUAUCGAUAUGUUCCUCCAAGUCUCCGGCUUGCUCAUCAAUAGCAGUUCAGCCUGCUCCAGAGAUCAGGUGUUCAUAACUUCGGGACUCGAAAGCGUCACCAUGUCCAAACUCUGCGACUUCAACUCCGUUAAGGAAUGGAAUGUCUAUGCUAUCUUCUCGCUCGUCAAUGGUAAACAUGCGACAGGCGAUGUCUUUGUUCUUACCAAAGACAAUGAGAUCGCCAUGACGGCGAUCGGUGCCAAGUUCCACCGAAUAGAAAUAGCGAGAGUUGAACAGAUACUCGACGUAGCAAAUGGAUGGAACAUCGAUUCAGGACCGAGUCGGCCCCUUUCUCCAGCCAGUUACACGCCCAUCACAAGCAAGAAUCUUCCGGAGCUAACAUCCGACGACUCUUCAGACACUUCGGAUUAUUCGACCACUUCUUCCUUGGUCGCAGACAGAUCUGAAGAUUUCGAAUCUCGGCUGAGGACGAUAAUUUCCACCUACAUUGGCGCACCAGCGGACUUUAUCCCCCAAACCACCUGUAUUGGCGACCUCGGUAUUGAUUCACUCGCGACGAUAGAGCUCUCCGAUGAACUGAAGGAACAGUUUGGUAAAUCAGUUUCUCAUCAUGAGCUCCAGACAUUGAAUCUUAGUGCAUUGUGCCAGAUAGUGUCUGCUGAUGCCAUGAGAGCCACUAGGAAACGCCACAUCACAUCGAGGAAACAAGUCGUGUCGACCCCUCCAGUUGCAUCUGAGAUACGCACGUCAAGACCUAAAUCAAAUGCGAUUGCUAUUUCAACACUCAACUCGGCCACUGAAGAGUUUGGUGAUGAUGAGCGACAAGCCAAGUUGUUCAGACUCAUUUCAGAGCUUUGUGGUGUGGAUGUUAGUCGCAUCCAAGAGAACCAAUCUCUUGCUGAUCUCGGAUUUGAUUCUCUUUCCACGACAGAAUUGGGAUCGAGUUUGUCCGAUGAUUUAGACAUCAACCUUGAAAGCACCGAUGUGCUUCUCGAUUAUUCCGUAAAAGACCUUAUGCGAUUGGCUGGUAUCACUUCAUCAAAGCAAAGUCCCGAGCUUUCAAAACCACCGAUUCCGACUGUGAAAAGUGUACCAACAAGCAAUUUUGGGGAGAAAGCAAGUAUUACAGAUCUGUUCAAGUCCCUCGUAGCAGCCGAAUCCUCCCUUCCAGUGUACGCUACAGAUUGCCAGUAUACAGGAUAUCUGAGUGAAGUUGCGGCUCGUCAAAAUGAACUUCUCCUUGCAUAUAUGACAGAAGGGCUCCAAAAAUUGGGAGUUGGUCUCAGAACACUCAGAAUGGGCCAAAAGAUUUCCAGCUUCGCGUAUCAGCCUAAACACUCCAAGGUAGUUCAGAGGUACUACGAGAUUCUCCAGAAGCACAGAGUCAUCGAAAAGAAAGGCUCAGACUACGUUCGAUCAUCCACUUCGUGCAAUUUCGCACCUUCUUCUCAGCUCUUGAGCAAAUUCUUAGCCGAUUUCCCUCAGUACAGCUGCGAGGCAGAACUCAUGUCUCUCACCGGGUCGAAGCUAGCAGAGUGCCUAACAGGUACCGAAGACCCCAUCAAACUCCUCUUUGGCAACCCAAACGCCCAAGAAAUCAUCGGGAACUUCUACACCAAGGCACCCAUGUUCGCCACUCUGACGGAGCUUCUCGUCGAUUUCUUGCUUCGUCUCGCCAAAAGCGCCAACGCGCCAAUUAGUAUCCUCGAAGUCGGAGCGGGCACAGGAGGAACUACAAAACGGGUCAUCGAAGCACUGAGCAACCUCAACCACCCUAUCGAGUACUUCUUCACAGACAUCUCCCCAACAUUCGUCCGCAACGCAUCCAAGAAGUUCAAUCACCCCGGCAUGCAAUUCCGAGUACUCAACCUAGAGACUCCCCCUCCCGCGGAUCUGAUCGGCAAAUUCGACAUCGUCAUCAGCACGAAUUGCGUCCACGCAACAUCCAACAGAGCCGCAACCUGCCGUCGCAUCAAAGAAAUGCUAAACGCCCACGGCGUUUUGGUGCUUUCGGAAAUCACCACCAAGAUCGACUGGCACGAAGUCGUCUUUGGACUGUUGGAUGGCUGGUGGCUGGCGAACGAUGCCGAUCAUGCCAUUCAACCCCCAGAAGUAUGGAUGAAGUUUAUGCGUCAAGCUGGGUUUCCUAGUGCUAGUUAUUCGCAGAGUAUAUUACCGGAAUGUAACCUUCAGAGAUUACUUGUGGCUGCUGUAGAAGAGUAUCCGGAGCCGGCGCGUUAG